AGCUAAUAAUGCCAAAAUAAAUUUCCGAGAAAAGGAGAAAAAAGUCUUAGACCAAAUUUUAGGUGCAGGAAAAUAUGAUGCCAGAAUACGACCAUCCGGAAUUAACGGCACGGAAAAUAUGCCCACGUAUGUCUAUGUCAACAUGUUCCUACGGUCAAUCUCAAAAAUCGAUGAUUACAAAAUGGAGUACAGCGUGCAGUUGACAUUCCGCGAACAGUGGACAGACGAGCGGCUGAAAUUCGAUGACAUACAAG